AUGAAGUCUCCAAUCACCCUCCUCCUCCUCCUCUUCCUUGUCUCGGCAGCGACCCUCGUCGCGGCAAUCAAGCCAGGCGGCAAGGGCCCCAUGAACAUGCCGCGCGAGAGACAACACAUGUGGCAGCAAGUCGCCUGCAAACGCGGCCACGGCAACACCUUUGUCACCCCCUUCAAGCUGACGGCCCUCGUCGACGAGGACGUCGGCGCCGUCUGCCACCGCCUCUGGCACAACCUCAAGCGCACCGACCUCGCGUGCGCGCUGCCCAGCAAACCCAUCUGCGAGGACCGCGGCGACAAGUCGAUCCAGGAGAAGAGGCUCUACUGGAGCUUCGACGUCUUCGCGACCUGUCCCGCGCUCGCGGUCGACUCGGCGUGGUACGAGAGCACCGGCAACAUCUGGGGCAAGUCGAACUGCAACGAGGGCAAGUACUUGUAUGACGAUCUGCCUGAUUUGCCGUUUCCUUAUAAGAAGGAGCGUCCGACUGCGACUGGGACGGCGUAA